UUUUAUUCACCUGACGAACAUGGCCGCUGAUGAUUGAAGGAUACCUCGGAUAUCUUGUGAUUUCUUAACUUGAGCAAUAAACAUGCGCUUUUUGACGAUUUCAUUAUAGAAUAUGUGAAUGAACAUCUUUAUGAAGCGAUAAAUUGGGAAGUAGCACUCUAAACCAUGCUGAAGUGGUUUUCCAAUGAAGAUGGUGCUCCUGGCCAGGGAGUGCUCGGCUCCCCCCAGGGUGGUGCUGGUGCUGGAGGAGGAGAAGGAGGCCAGGCAGCCCUGGUGGAGUUGGCGGAGCGGCUGGCCCAGACAGAGCAGCUGGUGUCCCAGCUGAAGGAGCUGAUCCGGGAGAAGGAUGGCUCGCUGCGCACCAAGGACGAGCAGCUCAAGGCAGAGAAGGAGGCAUGCGAGGCCAAGCUGUCCAAGAUGCGUCUCCAGAACAAAGCCAAGGUCACCUCCCUCAGCGCCCAGCUGGAGGAGCUGAAGAAAGGAGGUGGAGCUGGGGGCCAGGGGACUCCCACCCACAGUAAGAAGGGAGCUGCAGAGGGAAGCGAGCAGGCCAGCCGUGGGAAGAUCCUCCUCCUUAGGAAGAAGGUGGAGGAGCUAGAGCAUCAGCUGUCACAGAGAGAUGAGGAACUGGAAGUCAAGUCACGAGAGCUGGAGGACCAGAGGCAGCGUGGGGUGGACAUGGACGCCAUGCUGGUGGAGCGAAACAGGAAGCUGUCAGAGAAGGAGGCCUACAUAGUCCACCUGCAGAUGGGCAUGGCCACCGGAGAGCAGACGGCCACGCCUACAGCCCAACCCGACACGGAGCACAGGGCGUUGCCGGAGGAGAGCGGAGCGGGCUCCCUGGCAGAGCUGCAGCUGCUGGUCCUAAGUCUGACCAGGAAGGUGGGAGAGGGUGAUGAACGUUACAGCCUGCUGCAGGAGCAGACUGAGAGCCUCAAGGAGCUCCUAGUCACAGAGAAGGCUGCCUUCGAGGACAAGGAGAACAUGUACAAGCAAAACAUCCAGACGUUUAAAGACAUCAUUCUGCAGAAAGACAACAAGCUAACGGAGGUCAACCAGAUGCAUGAACAGGAGCUCUUCAAGUUGGCCGCCAAGUCUGACGCCAGCGCUGAUCUGGAACAGCUCUUGAAGGCUCUGAAACAGAAACUACAUGAGAAGGAGGUGGUGCUGCAGGGUAAAAACCAGGUGAUUGACGUCCUCCAGGGGGAGGUGGACUCCAGAGACCAGCAGAUCAAGGACCUGGUGGAGCGGGCGCGGCGGCUGCAGGUGGAGCGCGAGAGCCUCGGGUCCAAGAUGGAGGCUGAGAAGCACGUGAUGCGGGCUCAGCUGCGUGACCUCUUGGAGAAGCAUCAGGGCGAGCUGCGCCGUGCCACCGAGUGCCACGAGGCCCAGCUGGCUGAGCGGGAGCAGGCACUUCGCGGGCAGCUACAGGAGGAGCUGGGAAGGACCCCUGUCUCCGAGCUUCAGACCCAGACGCAAGCAGGGAGUGGCAGGGAUUCUCCAGCCACGGCCCAGAGGAUGAACGAGCUGGAAGCACAAGCCAAGCUGAAAUUUGAGGAGGCCAGUAAAUCGGAAGCCAAGUUCCUAAAGAUGAAAGCCUGGUCAAAGUCUCGUAUUCGACAGCUGGAGGACGAGGUGAGGAAAAGCCAGUCUGGUAGAGUGGGCCCUGACGUGACGUCCCUGCGUAGCCGCAUCACGGAUCUGGAGGAGGAGCGGGAGGAGACGCUGUGGAAGCUGGAGCAGUACGACGAGAUCAAGGCCAAGAACGAUGUACUGGAGGCCAAGCUGGUGGUGUACGAGGAGCAGCAGAGGAAGAUGGCCUCCGACCUGGAGCAGGUCACCAAGAGAGCCGCCUCUCAGGCCAGCGAGUCAGGUAGCGCUGACGACGCCCAGAGCCAGGUGCUGGACUGGCAGGAGAUGGUGUCGGAGGCGGUGACGGCCAGGGACCGUGCCCGCGAGGAGAAGGCCACCAUGGCCCUGCGCAUGAGCCACAUGGAGGAGGAGAGAGAGGCGCUGGCCAGCCGGCAGCAGGAGUUGGAGGAGGAGCUGGUGCAGGCCCGGGGUCUCACAGGGCCACAUAGGAGCGGCAAGAAAAUGGGAGGCACCGCCCACCAACACAGCCUGCAGGAGGACUUUGAGUUUGAUGGCAAGCAGGCGUUCCACCAGGACCCACACAGUGGCGUAUCUGAGAGCACCACCCCGAUGGAGGAGGAGGGGGAGAACAUGGGAGGUUGGUGGCCUGAGUACACUUCCCCCAACACAGGUGGCCUGCGGUCGGUAGUGGAGGAGUUGGAGCUGGAGAGGAACCAGCUGCAGGAACAGAUCCUAGGACUGGAGGACCGCUGUCAGGACCUUGAGGACCGGCUGCAGCUGCAGGCUCGCAUCGAGUCCCUACAGAACGAGUCAGAGAGACUACAGGGUCAACUGGUCAGCCUUCGGAGCCAGCAGAGCAGGGAUGCAGAGAAACACCAUCUCCUGGUCACCAGCCUCAACGAGCAGCUCAAAGGAUUGAGCGACACCCAAGAGUGUCUCGAAACCUCUCUUAUAGAGAAGGAGAACACAUUAGUCAAGACCUCUGAGAAACUGGAGCUCAUCGACAGCCUCCGAGAUUCUUUAAAGGAAAAGGAGGCGCAACACAAAGAGGUGUCCGACAAGCUGCUUCAAUCUGAGAACAAUCUCACUGAAGUCUCCACAAAAUGCAGUACCUUUGAAAAACAGUGUUCAGAACUGAAGACAGCGGUUGCAGAUCUCACACAUAAGCUGAGUGUGCUUAAAGAGAAGACACAGAAACAAGAGGCCACAAUAAAGACUCUUAAAAAUGACCUGGAUCAGACAAACGAUGAACUGGACAAGUUGAACACCACCCAUCUGGAAGAAAGGUCUCAGCUGAUCCACAACCUUCAAAGCUGUGAACGGGAGAUUGAUAACCUCAGAGACGUCCUCUCAGACAAGGACAAGGAGAUCUUAGCCCUCUCGGGCAACAUGGCGGAGUACGCAGAGCAGAUCAUGGGGCUGAAGCAGGAGAUCAAGCACAAGGACGAGGACCUGGUUCGCAUCGAGACCGCCCUCACCAAAUCGGAGCGGGAGGCACAGAUCAUCAGAGACUCUCAGAACUCGGACCAGCAGGCUCUGAACACCAGGACGGCAGAGCUGGUGGAACAGCUGAAGGAUGCAGAGACUGAGCUGAGCAAGGCCAAAGAGGAGAAGGAGUCGAGGACAGUAGAGGUGGAGGAGCUGAGGAAGCAAGUGGAAGAGGACAAGCGGACCAUCCUGGAACUUCGAGGGGAGAUCCAGCAGCACAACGUGGGCCAUCGUAAUCAUCUCUUGGAGUGCGAAACUCAGAUCUCUUCACUGAAGGAGAAUGUGACUGUUGCUUCCCAGAAACUACAGGAGUCCGAGGGUCUCAUCUCUCAGUUGAGGGAAGCAAGUACAUCCAGCAAGACACUGAAAGACCAGCUUCAGGACAAGGAGCAGACGUAUGAGAAAGAACUCAAAUCGGUUGAGGAGGAACGGAACAAGCUUCGCGCAGAGGUGUCCAAACACAACGAUGACCUUAAGACCCUGUCCAACCAGCUAGAGAAGCAGACAGAGUGUCAGGUACAGUUGAAAAAAGAGGUGCAAGAAAAACUGGAGACAAUAUCCUCUCUUGAGGAAAAACUCAGGGCCAUCCAGGAAGAGGCCGAAGUAGAGCAACAGAAAUUUAACACAGAACUGCAAGUCAGAGAUUCUGAAAAGGAGAAGUUGACGAAAGACCUGCAGGUUAAAUUGGAAAAUAUCUCAAAUAUGAAGAAGCUCUUGAAAAACUUGAAGACUGAAAAACAACAACUGCAAGCUGACCUGAAGGAGAAGGCAGAUGAACUUAAGUCUCAAAAGCAGCUUGUAGAUGAGCUUAAUAAAACAUCUACGGCAGCUCUUGAACUUAACAGCAGUUUGAACUCUCAAGCAAAUGGCCUCAGAGAGGAGAAUCAGAGAUUGCAACAGGAUGUAGCUGGAAAGCAGAUAUCCAUUUCAGAGAUGACAGAUGAAAGGGAUUCUCUGAGAAGCAAAGUCUCCAACUUCGAAACACAGCAUUCAGAAAACAGCAAAGUCAUUGAAGGGCUUCUGAAAGACAAGGAAGAGCUGAGUGUUAGAGCCAAUGAACUGAACAAGGCCCUGGAGCAAAAUAAACAGUCAAUUUCCGAGAGUCUAUUUGAGAAAACAAAUGAAUGUAGUCUUCUAACUAAAACACUCAGGGAAAAGGAGGAGACAGUUGCAUGUUUACAGGUGCAAAUUGACAAUUUGAACACUCAGGUGGAGCAGCUCCAUCACAACAUUGCUGAAAAAGAGAAGUCUGUCACUGAUCAAAACUCACAAGUAGAGGCACAGCAGAGCCAGCUGUCGCAACUCCAGGAAACAAUGUAUUUACUGCAGGAGCAGGUAACUGCCCUGAAAACUGGGCUCACGGAGAAAGACACCGUAUUGCAGCAGAAAUCAGAUGAGUGUAGCUCUUUACAGAAUAAACUUGGGCAGCAGAAAAAGCUUCUAUCUAAGCUACAGGGUGAGACUAAAUCACUUAAAGGACAAUGCUCACAACUGACCCAGCGUCUGGAAGAAAAAGAAGAGACCUUCAGACAAAUGACACAGGACUGUGAAAGUCACAAAGACGAGCUGAACCAGAGGAACGAGUCAUUGAAGUCACUAAGCAGUCAGCUUGGUGUCAUGAACGAGAGCAGUGUGAAGUUGGAGUCUGAAAAUACAGAGCUGAAAACCACUCUGGAGAACCACGAAGCAGAAAACAACAAGCUGAGGCAUGAGAUGGAACAGAGGCAAGCUGAGGUGGUUGGCCUCCACAGUCACAUCCAGGCACUGAGUGAGCAAAACCAACAACUCCGAGCUGCUUAUGAGAUCAGAGAUAAGGAACUUGCCCAGCAAAUGCAGGUUGCAUCUGAGCUUGAUAGAAGGGUAAAUGUGACUCUUGAGCAGAACACAAACCUGUGCUCACAACUGAACAGUCUGACAGAGGAGAAGCAGAUAGUGCAACAGGAAUUAGCUGUACAGUCGGAGUCCAUUUCUGAAUUAACCAAGGAGAAGAACUUACUUCUAGAUAAACUUUCCAAUUUUGAAAUGCAACAUUCAGAAAACUGCAAAAUUAUUGACGGGCUACUGAAAGACAAAAAGGAGCUCAGUGUAGCAGUAGAGGAACUCAACAAGUUCCUAGAGCAAAACAAACAGACCAUUUCAGAGAGUUUGCUGGACAAAACAAAUAAAUGUACUAAUCUCACCAAAUUGCUUAGAGGGAGUGAAGAGGCACUUGAACAUUCACAAGACCAAGUUGACAGCUUGAUCACCCAACUUGAUCAACUGAACAACAACAUGACCGAAAAAGAGAAGACUAUCAGAAAUCAAAACUCACAAUUAGAGGCCCAGCAGAGAGAGUUGUCGCAACUCCAGGAGACAUUGUCUCUAUUACAGGAGCAGGGGACCGCACUGAAAUCUGGGCUCACAGAGAAAGACACCAUGUUGCAGCAGAAAGCAGAGGAGUGGAGCUCUUUACAGAAUAAACUUAAUCAACUGCAGGGCGAGACUAAAUCACUUAAAGGACAAUGCUCACAACUGACUCAGCGUCUGGAAGAAAAAGAAGAGACAUUCAGACAAAUGACACAGGACUGUGAAAACCACAAAGACGAGCUGAACCAGAGGAACGAGUCAUUGAAGUCACUAAGCAGUCAGCUUGGUGUCAUAAACGAGAGCAGUGCGAAGUUGGAGUCUGAAAAUACAGAGCUGAAGACCACUCUGGAGAACCACGCAGCAGAAAACAAGAAGCUAAGGGAAGAGAUGGAACAGAGGCAAACUGAGAUAUUAGAUCUUAGGGACAACAUCCAAGCAUUGAAUGAACAGAAUGUCAGACUAAAAACCGAACUCAAAAACUCUGUCACAGAGGCAUCCAAGAAACUUGAGGAGAUUUCAGUUCUCAAGGCAGAGAUCUCUAACAGGGACAGUUAUGCGUCUAAUUUAACAAAGCAACUGACAGCAGCCUGCUCGGACAGGGAUAGCUUAGGUUUGAAUUUGCAGCAGAGAGGUGAGUCCCUAAAUCAGCAGGAGAUGUUUAUUAAGCAGUUACAAGCUAAGUCAGUAGAGGGUGAGGGUCAGAUGAGCCAGGCCAUAACUGAGCUGCAGACACAAGCUCAGAGUCUUCAGAAAAGCCUUCAAGACAAAGAUGUUUCGCUGCAUGAGGCGGAGAAACGGCUGAGUCUGCUCAGAGAGAAGUUCACCUUAGAAUCUGAGGAUUUCAAAACCCAGCUGAAUUCAAAUGCGGAAACAAUGAAACGGCUUCAGGGUGAUCUGCGUAAUGCGGUGGAACAGAGUAACCAGCUCAGUGGGAGGCUUGAAGAACAAGAGGCACAGCUUAAGCAGAAAGUUGAUGAUUAUGUGAGUUUAAGGACAUAUGUUUCAGAGCUGGAGGAUUCCACCACACAGCUCAGAGGUCAAGUUGACAGCCUGACCUCUGAGUCAUCCCUGUUAAAAGAGACCCUGAAAGAGAAAGUCAAGUUCUUCCUUGAGGCCCAGAGCACCUCCUCAGCUGUUAGCGAAAGCCUAAAUUCAAAACUCAAAACCAAAGAUACAGAAUGUGAGAGCUUAAAAGAGCAGCUUUCGCACCUCCAAGAGUCUGUUUUAAAGCUCAAUACCAAAGAUGCAGAAUGUGAGAGCUUAAAAGAGCAGCUUUCACACCUCCAAGAGUCUGUUUCAAAGCUCAAUAGUAGCCUCAGUGCCCAGUCCUCUGAAGUGGCACGACUUCAACAAGCCUUAGAGGAAAGAGGGACUGCCGUUAUGGACCAGUCAAAGGCCCUUCAGGAGCUGCAGAGAAGGGCAGAUGAAGCAGCCCUCUUCAAAACCCAGUUCAUGGAGAGCACAGAGUUGGUGUCACAACUGCAGGGUCAGAUUCAGGAACUCUCCACUAAGUCUGCAAGCCUCAGCCAGUCAGCAGAGGAGAACCAAAGUGCCUUUGUAAAUCUUCAGGAGAAGUAUGCUGCUCAUUUAGAGGAGCUCCAGGAAGCUCGGACGAUGCUUUCUCAAAGGGCCGAGGAGAUGUCCAGUCUUAACAAGGCCCUCAGUGACAGCAACGGCGCAGUUCAGGCAGCAGAAAACACCAUAGAGGUGCUGAGGAAUGAGUCUUCCUUGCUACGUCAAGACCUUCGGCAAAUUCAAACACUGAAUGUCGACCUUUCAAAACAAAAGGAAGACGCCCUUGAUACCCAUCAAAGGAGCACCUCAACAUUCACUGUCGAAAUUGAGAGACUAAAAUCUCAGUAUUUGCAUGUGGCUGCUCAGGUAAAUGCACUGACAGAAAAUCUUGAGCAGAGAGAGAUGUCUCUUCAUGCCAUUAACAGUCAGUACACAGCCCAGGUGAAACAGGCAGAGCACGUAGUGUCAGAAAUGAAUAAACUAGAAGAGCAAAAUAAGAAGCUAAGAGAGGAGAUCGCACUGUCAAAGCAAGAAAAUCAACAGCGGCUGGAUGCAGCAAUCAGUGAAAAAGAACGUCUGCAGCAAGAAGUUCAGAAACUCAUAAUUGAGAGAGAUGAACAUGGCAAGAGCUAUAGCAGCCAGAUACAAACAAUGCAGGAGCAGUUGCAUCUCCAAAAGCAGCAGCAAUCCAGCAGCAUGAAUGAAGUCAUGGAGAAAAUGGUGGCUGAGAAGGAAAGACUACAGGUUGAGGAGACGAGACAGAGGGUGGAUGAGCUGCAGAGCGCCUUGCAGCAGGCACAGGCCUUCAAACUGCAGACUGAAACAGAAGUCAGCGGGUACCAGGCAGAGCUGGCUGAACUGAGGUCUGAGAGUAGCAGGCUGCAGUCUGAGUGCCAGCGCCUGGCUGGGGAGAGGAAGGAGACCAUGGCCCUGGUGGGGAAGGAUGUGUCUGAUGACCCGUCACUGACCCAGCUCCAGGCAGAGAGAACUCAGCUGCAGAGUCACCUGCAGCGCUGCCUCUAUGAGAUCCAGCAGAGAGAUCUGCACUGCCAGCAGCUCAACGCCAAGCUGCAGCAGGUGGUGGAGGAGAAAGGGGGUGUGUCGGCCCAGCUGAGGGCAGUGUCUCAGACGCUGAGAGACACCCAGAACCGCUGCUAUUGGCUGGAGAACCAGGCCCUGCCUAACCAGCACCACCAGGGCCUUGGAAAGCAGGGGGCGGUGUCUGUAGAAGUGGCUCCGGGAGCUCCCCAGGAGAGGAGCAGUGCUGUGGUAGACAUGGAAGCAAUGGAGGCCGGCGAGCUCAGGACCAGGCUGGUGGAGGUGGAGCAGAGCGUGGUUCAGCUAAGUGAGAGUCUGGCUGAGGAGAGGACCAGGAGGGAAGCAGCCGAGGAAGCUCUGGGACUGGCUGAGGACAGAGCCAAGAGUGUUGACUCCAGUCCAUCCAGGACGGCCCAGAGAGACUUCAGCAUCCAGCUGGAUACAGAGGAGGAGUGGGAGGCCCUCAUCCUCAACCCCAACGAACCCCUGGUCACACGCAAGGUGAAAGGCGGGAUGCUGGCCUGCAGGCGCUGGCUUCGGGGGCGGAGCCUGUACUGCUCCAAGCUGCUGACGUCACGGGCCCGCUCGCGCUACCUCUUCCUUGGCUACCUGCUGAUUCUGCAUGUGGCUGUCCUCAUGUGCCUCACCGGCGCCCUCUAGUGCCGUGGGGGUGAAAACAAUCACAAAUUGCAGAUAGAAAUAUAAUGUAUAGAGCAGACAGGCCCGUUUCCUUCAUGACAAAGACGGUCUGUUCUGCGCAAUGUUUUUCUAUGUAGUUCACUUGACGCUGGGGGUGUUAACAUUGCAGAUACAGAUGUCAUGUGUAGACAAGACACCAUGGCCCGUUUCCUCCACGACAAAGACGAAUGUCUGUUCUACUCCAUUUCUAGGUAGUUCACAAUGUGUUUUUUCCCUGGAAUGUUAUUCCACCUUUCAGAAGAAGCGGCAGGUUUUUGUCUAGUAUCCAGAGUUUUCAUAAGAGUGAGGGCUUUUGUGGUGUGUCUCGAAAGUCUUGUGGCUUCUUCACCUCGCCUCCUUCCCUUGGUUCUCACUGGUCUGAAAAGAAAAUGGACAGCUGAAACUGGAUCCUUUGGUUAGAUCCUACCUUGUUGUUUUCACACAUCAUUUUUUUGUCAGAUCAGUGCAGAUGAAGGGAAGGAGGCGAGGGGAAGAAGACUGUUAUUGACUAUUAAGACUCACCCUUUGGAGUGUCUCAGGAGAAAGUGCCGUUUCGAUCCUGUCUGUUAUGUGUUAAAGCCUGAGAGGGAACAGAAAGCCAUAUCCAUUCUACAUGAACGCUAGCCUAAGACACGUGUGUGUGUGUGUGUGUGUGUGUGUGUGUGUGUGUGUGUGUGUGUGUGUGUGUGUGUGUGUGUGUGUGUGUGUGUGUGUGUGUGUGUGUAACACAUUUGUGUGUGCAGGUGUGUGUGUUAAUUUGCACGUGUACAAGAAAAAAACACUAGUCCACUGUAACCUCAUUUAGAUUUGACCUUGGAGAACAAAGAUUGGUGUAAGUCUGAGAUGAUACAUCAACAACAUGCUGAAAAUGCCCCACUCAGACUGAUGCUGGUGUCUGGCAAGUCAGAUACAGUAUUGCAGGAGAGAAGGGUGGGAAAAGCUACCCAUACUACUAUUUCUGCAAAGAUGCCUAUGUUAUUGCACUGCUGCUCAACCCUUCUCCCUAAUACCAAACCCACUGUGUGCUCAACCUGGCACUACCAGGCCAUGGCACAAUGUUCCCGCUGGCACCCCUGGUGUCUCCUGGGUAAUAACUGUCUCAUGGUGGCCUUGGCACAAUUAUAAGGUGCAUUCAAAGUUAUGCACUAAAACUCCAAGGUGUAUGGAUCUCAUCUCUCAUCAGGGGUCGAGGUUUCCCUUCUCUCCUUCAGCAAAGAUAUUCAACAUAAUGUAGGGCCAGGAGUUUUAUCUGACCACGUGUCCUGAUAAGGAAAUACCCCUAGUAAUAGGAUCUAUCUGGCCCCUAGUAAUAGGAUCUAUCUGGCCCCUAGUAAUAGGAUCUAUCUGGCCCCUAGUAAUAGGAUCUAUCUGGCCCCUAGUAAUAGGAUCUAUCUGGCCCCUAGUAAUAGGAUCUAUCUGGCCCCUAGUAAUAGGAUCUAUCUGGCCCCUAGUAAUAGGAUCUAUCUGGCCCCUAGUAAUAGGAUCUAUCUGGCCCCUAGUAAUAGGAUCUAUCUGGCCCCUAGUAAUAGGAUCUAUCUGGCCCCUAGUAAUAGGAUCUAUCUGGCCCCUAGUAAUAGGAUCUUUCUGGCCCCUAGUAAUAGGAUCUUUCUGGACCCUAAAGGUUUUACCUUGUCAGAUCACAUGGUCUGAAAAAUAUCCUCCUACCCCGUUUGUGAGCAUGUACCCUGGUGUGUAAGUAAGAUGAUGUAUUUAAGGGUGGAGUGUAACAGGGUGCGAGUGUGCACCCUUGAAAGUCUACUUUGUGUAUUUAUGUAUCUGUAUUUGUUGCUCUGUGCCCCCCAAUGCUCUGUUGUUCACUGUACAUUUCUACUUCAUCUGUUGAUUGAUUACAUGCUGAUUUAGUCACUUGAUUGAUAGUGCAGGGCGGCAAUUCACAAAGCAGGAGGCAAUAUAUCAGCCGUCUUACUUCGAGACACUAUUUGUAGUUCUCUGGUUCGUAUCUCAUCUGUUUCAAGUUUAGCAUGGGAAGUACUGAGAGAAUGUCAUACUAAUAACAAGUGUGUUUAUUACAUCUCUGCACUAGGAAAUAUGAAGCCUCAGUGACAGGCUGUUUGUGCCAUCAUGCCAACUCUUUGUCACUCAUUGUUAUACCAAACACGUUUGGCUUGACAAUGAGCAAUGGAGUUGGCCAGAGCACAAACAGAUUUGGGUCCAGAAUAGGAAAUGUGGUGUUUCAGAAUAUUUACAGUAGUUAGCCAGCUGAGCUAAAAACAUUGCUCCUGCUUUGUGGGAUACCACCAUAGAGAAUGAUAGAGGCCUCUAGUGGCCAAAAGGCUAUGUUAGCAUGGGCAGCGCCAUUGAGGGCUUCCACCAAUUUAAUGUAGUCAACUGGGUUGGACUUCCAACUUCAUUGGCUGAUCCCUCCUGGUGACCCUGUUGGAGUCAUGUCCAACCGGGUCAUUAGGAGGGAUCAGCUAAUUGUGAAGAAGAAGAUUGACUACUUCAAUGACACUGCCCAUGCUGUCAGACGCUGUAAUGGCACAGAUACAAAGAUGAGUGUAAUGAAAUAUAAUGAGUCCUCUAUCUCUAUCGAUACCACCCUGUUCUAACGUUGGUGUUAUGGUACCGUGGUCCUGAUGGUCUGUAUAUAUGGUGUGAUUGAGGAAAGGAUGACAAAAUACAUUUAUUUAUAAGAGGAAAUGCUACUGAGUGACGCCGAAAUGUCAUAUUUUCUAAAUAGGGUCUAUUUUUUAGAAGUCAAAUCGUGUGGGACAGCAAUACUAUCCUAUCCAGGCAUUAAUGGGUUCAAUACCUUGAGAGGUUGACUUUCACAAAGAAAGGAAUUUGAAUAAAUCUGUUUGAAAAACACGA